AAAAAAAAAAAAGGCGCUCCUCCGGACGCUGCUUAGUCUUGCUGAUAUAUACUAAGACAAGGUGGAAACCCAAAGAAUCUCUUUUGGUAAUGGGCGGAGCUGCUCAAAGCAAUGGCACCGGACCAAGUAGCACACUCAAGCCCUUCAAAUUCGAGCACCUUCCACUCGGCUCUAUAAAAGCUUCAGGAUGGCUUCAAGAUCAGCUUCAACUCUCUGCGGAUGGCCUGGCUGGUCAUCUCUUUGAUUUCUAUCGCUAUGUUCAGCGGUCAACGUGGCUUGGUGGAGAUUAUGAGUACAGCGAGCUCAAUGAAGCUGCUCCUUAUUGGUUUAAUGGCAUCGUGCCUCUGGCGUGGACUCUGGAUGAUGAGCGGCUGAAGGCACAAGCGCGGCAUUUUCUUGACUAUACAUUGGAUCACCAGGCUGAGGAUGGCUGGCUAGGACCUGAAUCAACAAGGCAAACAAGAGGAAUGUGGGCACGGGCAUUGUUGUUUUUUGGCCUUACACAAUAUGCAGAAGCAGAUCUCAGCCAGACCGAUCGGAUUGUGACUGCGAUGCACAAGUUUGUUAGACUUGCUCAUACCAUGCUAAAGGCGAACUUUACGGGUGUGAUCGAAGACAAGUCUCAGAAAGACAACUUCGAUCCUUUCGGCUUUGGGCUAUCCCGCACCCAUGAGCUUCCAACGAGCCUGAUGUGGCUACUCGAGAAGCAUCCACGAGACAACUCAGCUGUAAUCACCGAGACCAUCGAUCUCAUGUUCGAAGCCGGACGAAAGGGCAAUCGAGACUGGACCACCUUUUUUGUCGAUGGCGUGUUUCCCAAAGUCGGCACGCCUGGAUUUAAGACCAGUGGUUUCACUCAUGGUGUCAAUCUUGCGGAAGGUCUCCGAUAUCCCACAGCUCUCUACCGUCGAACGGGUAACGAGAGCCUUGUCCAACAGACGCGUGAUGCGGUUAAUAUGACCACUGCAUAUCAAACAUCUUUGUCAGGCACCAUUAUAGGUGACGAGCAUCUCGGUGGCUUGAGUCCGCAACGAGGUUCCGAGCUGUGCAUGGCUGUCGAGUCGAUGUUCUCUUACGCGUACCUAUAUCGAUUCCAUGGGGUUAAUGAGUAUGCGGACAGGGCAGAGCUGGCUGCUUUUAAUGCUUUGCCAGUUGCCAUUAGUGCAGACUGGUGGUCACAUCAAUACGUGACGCAGACGAAUCAACCAUGGUCAAGAAACUUGACCGCUAAGCCCUUCUUCAACGUGGUCUCCUACGGCAAUACAUACGGCCUGGAGCCAAAUUUUCCUUGUUGCACAGUCAAUCAUCCUCAAGGGUACCCCAAGUAUGUUGCAAGUUCGUUUGUUCAGCAAGGACAGGACACUCUCGUUCACAUACUGCUCGGUCCAACGUCAGUGGAAACCUCGCUCCAUGGCUGCAAGAUCCGUAUUGACUGCGAGACGAAUUAUCCAUUCUCCGAGGACCUCAGGUAUUCCAUUGACGCGGACUGCGAUUUCAAUUUCGCUGUCCGCAUUCCUACAUGGACCAGUUGGUCAUUGAAUUCUCCAUCUGUCUCCCUCAGUAAGUCCUCGUCCAGCUCGGUCAAGGUUGACAGUGCCGGAUUACAUCAUGUCGCCAUCCAGAAAGGUAAAACGCAGCUGGGAGUCCAUUUGCCGAUGGAGAUCCACACAGUAACACGAAACGGCUCGGUGGGGAUCUACCACGGACCUCUGCUGUAUGCUCUCGACAUAGCUCAUACAACCUCAUCGCACCAACCACUCAAUUGGACAGACCGAACCCCACUACCCGCUGAAGAGGUGUGUCCGAAAUGCAAAGAUCAUGUUCUCGAGCCCACGGCCCGUUGGCAGUAUGCAAUCGAUCCCUCUACGAUCCGGCUCGAGCGAUCAAAUGACAGCCUUGCAAAUCCAGUGUGGACAACGGGAGCUCAGCCAGGUGCAUUGUGGGUAGAUGGGUAUGCUAUCGAUUGGCCUGUGACCAUGGACUCUGCAGAUCUUCCACCGCUGAAUCCGAAGGUGAAGCGCGCAGAUAAGACGAGUCUGAAGUUGAUACCUUUUGGCGCGGCGAAAGUUCAUAUUGCCCAGUUUCCAGUUGCGGACGUUGAGGAUUGAGAUGCGAUCGUGGUGAUUUGGGAGUUUAUUUAAGAAGGACUUGACCUGUAGAAGUAAUUGCUUAGGGAACACUAUCC